AUGUUUGCAGCGUCGGUGUGUCAUCUUCCAAAGGAUGUGGGUAUGUGUGACGGGUUAUGUCCUCGCUGGUUCUACAACUCCCACACGCACAGGUGUGAGGAGUUUUACUAUGGCUGCUGUGGUGGAAACGCAAACAACUUUAGAACGGAACAGGAAUGUUUGAACUCAUGCAAUAACGGUUGCCCGAAUGGUCAAUCGAACAUAUUUUGUAAAGCACCUGCCUGUCAAGUAACGUCAUGUCCAAAUUAUCCCCGUGCCUCUUGCAAGGAGGUGUGUAACGGUUGUGUGGCCAUUUUCACGUCGAAUGGGGAAGAUGUCACAAGCACGUGUCAGUCACUGGGAUACAGAGCUUUAGAUGGUUCUUUGAUUCUUUGUAAUAAAAUAAAGCUAUAA